AGUUUCAAUAAAAAAGUACGAACAAUGAAUUAAAACUUUUGAACGAAAAGGACAACAAUAAUAUCAACGUUAAUUGCCUGUGGCUUUAUCUGCAAAAUAAUUCAUCACAAAGCACUCGUCAAGACAUCAUAAAGGAAUUAGAUAGAUAGCAGAAAGAAUGUCCCUCCAUUUUAAAUGCAUUUGGAUUGUAUGCAUCGUAAUUGGUAUAGCAAACGUUUAUAGCAAGGAAUGCUCCCCAUCUGAGAGUGUUUGUGAGUAUUGGUUGACUAUUGAUGAAAGGCUUACGAUGACGUGGAAAAAUGUUCGUGUUGUUGCUGAAAAUGGAAGUUUGUUUAAAUUUGACGAUGUUGCCAAAGAAGCACCGGUACCAAUGGAGGAGGUGAUUACAAUGGACGGUUACCAUAGAUCUGUCAUAGCUGUCAAUAAAACUAUACCAGGUCCACCCAUAAUCGUGUAUGAAGGCCAACAAUUGAUUAUACACGUGCGUAACCAUUUACUAAGUGAAUCUAUUACAAUUCAUUGGCAUGGUUUACAUCAACGAAAUACACCUUUUAUGGAUGGCGUGGCGUUCAUCACACAAUGCCCUAUUGGACCUGGACAGAAAUUUACUUAUAAUUUCAAGGCAUAUCCGCAAGGUACGUUUUGGUACCAUUCGCAUAUUGGAGGACAACGUGUAGACGGCUUGUAUGGUGCACUUAUCAUAAAACCUAAAAAUAAUCCAGCCAAUAAUAUCGAAGAUAAAAUUAUGCAUGUUUCUGAUUGGUUUCACGCACAUUCUACCGAGUUGCAUGCAAAGAUGAUCUACGCAAAUUUUAAAAGUCAGCCUGGUUUUGUGCAUCCUAAAACGUUGGACGGUGUAUUUUUCGCGCCACUUAUAUAUAAAUCUACUUUGAUCGAAGGAAGAGGGAGGUACAAAGACGAACACACGGGUAAAUGGCUGCAACCACCAUUGAUGACUUACAAUGUCACCCAGGGCAGAAAAUACAGGUUUCGGGUAAUCGGCUCCGGUAUGAUUUACCCGUAUCGGGUAUCCAUUGACAAUCAUAUAUUGACGGUGGUAGCUAGCGAUGGAUUUGAAGUGGAAGCGAGAAACUUUGAAUCAAUUAUUAUCAAUCCUGGUGAGAGAUUUGACUUUAUUAUCACCGCUAAUCAGACUGUUGGAGACUACUGGAUACGAGCAGAUGGAAUGGAUGUAGACUUCACCGACCAUUAUGGAAAGGCGAUAUUACGGUAUGAUGCAUCCUCUACCAAGGAACCUGCUACAAAUCGCACGAAAUGUACUGCUGCAAAGAAAUGCGAUGUUUUGAAUUGUCAAUUUUCUUAUUACCCUAAAGAGUCCAAUACCCAAUGUGUUCGCAUAGACCAGUUGAGCUCCAAAGGAGGAGAGAAAAUUCCAGCGUUCGAGGGAAGUUCGAAAGAACAUUUUUUAAAUUUUGUUCAGGGAGGCGGGAUGAACAUUAACGGAAAAGUAUUCGAGCAUCCAGGUGUCAGCUCGCUGACCCAGUCUGAAGAUGUCGAUGUACAUCUCGAUUGCGAUCAAGCAUCGUGUGGUGUGGAUAAAAUUUGCUAUUGUCAGCAUGAGAUCGACAUUCCGUUUGACAAAACAAUACAAAUGGUAUGGACCAAUCACGGCAAAGGAGCUACAAGGCAUCAUCCAAUCCAUUUGCAUGGUCAUAGUUUUCACGUGCUAAAGAUGGGAUAUGGCAGUUACAACUUAACGACAGGUCAGCUUCUCUCGCAAAAUCACGACAUUGAUUGCGGGGGAACACCCGAAAACUUUUGCAACAAUCCUACGUGGAAAAACAAAUCGUGGGGGUAUGGCAACGUUCCCGGAUUAAAUCUUGUAAACCCCCCACAGAAAGAUACGCUGAUGAUUCCAGUCGGAGCUUACGCUGUUAUUCGGUUUAGAUCAAACAAUCCGGGAAAAUGGUUUUUACAUUGUCAUAUUGAAUUUCAUUCAAUGCAAGGAAUGGCAAUGACUAUAAACGAAGCACAGGAAAAACAUCUAGAACCACCAAAAGGAUUUCCAAUAUGUCAACACUUUAGAAAUGAUCCAAACCUUGACGUGGAAUACACUAAAUAUGUUCCAAGUGCAGAUGACGAUGACGAUAAAGAACGGAAUCUGUUAAUCAUUAUUGUCGUACUUGCUGUAAUUCUUGUUCUGGAAAAUAUAAUUCUAUCUCGAUAUUGUUGUUCGGCGCAACAACGAAACAACAACGCCAAGACAAACAAUGUUGUAAUGAAGAAUGUUUCAUCAUAACAGAAUUGAUUUUUUUCACAGCAUAAGAUGAACGCACCACACGGGUACUACAACAGCACCAACAACAAUAAUAGCGAUAGCUACAAUAAUAAUCACGCCGGCGACGGCAAUAACUACGUCGACAACUAUAGGUGACAAAAACAAUGAUGAACGCGUUGUUUUUAAGCGUUUUUGUUGUGUAUAUUUUAAUAUUGCACGAAGUUAUUCACAUUUCAUAGCAUACAGCAUUGUAAAUAAUUUUUCCAUAAUCAACUAUGACA